AUGGUGCUUUGGUGGAGACGGAUAAAGAAGGUGAGUGAGUCCAAGAAGACUUCUCGCAAGCCCAAGAACACUGCGUUCAGGCAGCAGAGACUGAAGGCAUGGCAGCCAAUACUGUCACCGCAGAGUGUGCUCCCGUUACUUAUCAUGGUUGCGUGCAUAUUUGCCCCUAUCGGUGUGGGUCUGCUUGUGAGUGCGUUCAAUGUGCAGAAGUUAGAGAUAGACUACACUGAUUGCGAUCAAUUGGUAGCUGGCAAUGACUACACGUUCAUUCCUCAUGACAAAGUAAAGCACCAAUUCAAGAGGAAGCUGUCCGUUUAUCCUCAAUGGAAGCUGGAAAGUGGGACCGAUGGCGACGUUUGCAAGUUGCAGUUCGAAGUGCCGCAUCAGAUGAAGAAAUCCAUAUACAUGUACUAUAAGAUGACUAGAUAUCACCAGAAUCAUAGGAAGAUGGUUGAAGCGUUUGAUAAGAAACAGCUGAAGGGCAAAGCAAUCUCAGGGUCGAAACUGGACAAGAAAUGUGAUCCACUGAGAACCAUUGGUGAUAAGAUAGUAUAUCCAUGUGGACUUACAGCUAAUGCCUUGUUUAAUGACACUUUCUCAGAAACUCUCGCCGGCGUUAAAGGCUCCUCAGACUAUGAAAUGACCAAGAACGGUACUGCUUGGGGUACAGAUAGACACCGUUACGGUAAGACUGAAUACGACGCUUCUGAAAUAGUACCACCUCCAAAUUGGGCGCACAUGUUUCCCAAUGGAUAUACCAAUGACAACAUUCCUAAUCUUGGUCAAUGGCCAGAGUUUCAAAUAUGGAUGAGAACUGCGGCGCUGCCAAGUUUUUACAAGUUAUACAUGAAGAAUGACGAUGAUAACCUGCCUAGAGGCACUUACGAGAUUAGUAUUGGUAUGAAUUACCUGGUCAGAUCUUUUGGUGGUACCAAGUCAAUUUUACUGACAGACAAUAGUAUAAUUGGUGCCACAAACAUUGCUUUGGGGAUCAUAUACCUAGUAGUAGCAGUAAUUGCGACAUUGUUUGCAGUGAUAUUCUUGCUGAAAGUACUGAUCCAGCCAACAAAUGUUAAGGGCCACAUGUAUUUAGACUUUGACUCAAUUGAUCAGUCAUCCUUUUACUCAAGAAACUCUGCUAAUACUCCAUUGAGAGAGAUUCUGUAA